UUUCACAAAACACUUUGACUGAUGUCAAUUCAAUUGAAAAAAGAAAUCUUCAUUGAUCGCUAUCGUUCUUUAUUGAUUAUUGACUGUCACGCCACUGCCACCGCCGCCACAACAAAACUGAUUUUUAUGGUUCGGUUUUGUUUUUAAUCAAUUGAACGCGCUUUUGAAUCGUAAAAAUCUGUUUUUAGUUCGUUAUUCGUGAUAACAAUUGAAAACGUGAGUUGUUUAUAAAAUCGAUUUGCAUAAUUUACACGUUUCUACGUACACGUGUUGAACACUUUAAUCAAUGGGAUUCAGUCUAUAGAAUACACCUUCUAUUGGAAUUUCAGAUUUCAAUUCUCAGUUGAUUUUGUGUCUGAAUAGUUGAUGAUUCGUUGAAACAUGGAAAAAACAGCAUACGCUAUCUUAUCACAGAACGUCGUUAACAUUCAAUUUGUGCAGAAUCAGCGACAACAGAAUCGGAUAAAAAUUAUAGUACAAAUAAUAAUUGAAAUUUAUAGUUCAUAAGCCGUAGCUUAUUUUUGUUUUGGCAAGAAUAAGUACAAUGAAGAUAUUUCGUCGACGAGUUAACAUUGUAAGAAAACAUCGAUUUUCAUCAAAUUGUGGAAUGUUUUAUCAUUUGUGAUUAUACCUAAUUUAAGUGGGCCAUUUGAAAACAUUUUGUAAUAUUUAUUUUUUUCUUUCAAUGAAAUCACCAAAAUUGUUUAUAUUUUCCCAUGAAAAUAAUAAGGAACUGAUAACGGCCACUAAUGAAAACGCAUUGAAAAGUGUUCUCUUCCUUGUCUAACAAAAUCAAAUCACAUGUGGUGCAAAACAAAAAGCAGAUAAAUUCACACUCAAAACGUAUAUAGUUAUUGGAUAUAUUUAACUGUUGCUUCAUUGUUGGUGUGGCACUUGUCAUCAAUAAAAAAGUCACAAGUAUCUGUCGAAUCUUAUGUCAAAUGAUAGCUGCUGAAUCUUGGGUAAACUACUUAUAGACCGCGAAUGUAGGACGAUCACAGCAGUUUGAUUGUGAACGCGAAACACUCUCAACGUACAUCAAUAAUUGACUAGAGCAAGAACUAUUCUGUUGCGGCAAAUAGGGUUUCAGUGACAGUGAAAAAGUGAGACUUUCAACUAAAAUACUUUAAUUAUGAUUGACAGUUUUAUAAAUGAAAUAUAAUUGCAAAUAAACAAGAAUGGAAUUGAAAGUGUCCAAUAAUAAGUCGAAAUGUUUUUUGGAGGAAGACGAUUCGAAAACGUUGAGCUUUUUGACUUUGUAUCGGUUUGCAUCUCGUUAUGAUUUGAUUUUACUAUCUACUGGAAUAUUCUUCACAUUAAUCAAAGCAUGCAGUUGGCCAUUCCUUAUUGUUAUUUAUGGCGAAUUCACGUCUCUGCUUGUCGAUCGUACUUAUGGAAUUGGAAGGAGUACGCCAACUUUAUUUCUCAAAUGGUUCGGAGGUGGCAAAAUAUUGACUGAUGCUACCACCGAAGCGAACAAUGCCGAACUCAUAAAUGAUUCGAUUGCAUUUUUUAUUCUAUCAGCGAUUGAAACCGUUGUUCAACUAAUAGUCGGAAUCAUUUGUGUUGACUGCUUCAAUCAGGCGGCAAUCAAUCAAGUUACCCAAAUUCGAAUCAAAUACUUUGCAUCGCUUAUGCGACAAGACAUCGGCUGGUAUGACAUCGAAAAAGGAAAAUCGAAUUUCACUGUGCGACUCGCCGAUGAUAUUGAGAAGAUCAAGACGGGAAUCGCAGAGCAAGUUAGCCAUUUUCUGAAUUUAAUAUCGAGUUUCGUGAUUUGUGUUAUCAUGUCAUUCAUUUAUGGGUGGAAAUUGACGUUGAUUGUGAUAUCGUAUAUUCCAAUACUGUGCAUAAUGAACAUCGUAAUAGUUAAGGUUCAGGCAAUGUCAUCGACGAAAGAAUUAAACGCCUAUGCAAAAGCCGCAAAUAUUGUCGAAGAGGUACUGGGUGGAAUUCGAACUGUUUUUGCCUUCGGAGGCGAAAAGCUCGAAGUCGAACGAUACAAAAAGCAUUUACUACCGGCUGAAAAUGCCGCCAAAAAGAAGGGGCUGUUUGCUUGUGUCGGUGAUGCCGUUACGCGUUUCUUGUAUUUCGCCAGUUGUGCUUUGUCAUUCUGGUUCGGCGUUCAGUGGGUUAUUGAAGACAGAGAUAAAGAAGAUAAGAGCUACACUACAGCUGUUCUGAUAACAGUGUUUCUUAGUUUACUCACCGGCGCAGAAAAUUUAGCUCGGAUCUCACCGUAUAUAGAAUCAUUUGCAGCCGCACGUGGAGCGGCGAAAAAUAUUUUCGCUGUGAUUGAUCGACCAUCAAAAAUUGAUUCAAUGAAAAACGAUGGGAAAUUGUUGGAUUUAACUAAAGUCAAAGGGAACAUUGAAUUUAAGAAUCUUUUCUUCAACUAUCCAUCUCGAUCCGAUGUACAGAUAUUGAAUGGCUUGAAUUUGAAAAUCGAAGCCGGUCAAACGGUGGCGCUUGUCGGUAAUUCAGGCAAUGGAAAGUCAACUUGUUUGCACCUUUUGCAACGAUUCUACGAUCCAGACGGAGGCGCCGUGCUUAUCGAUGAUUGCGACAUACGCGAAUUCAAUAUCAAUUCGUUGCGAUCGAGUAUCGCGAUUGUCAGUCAAGAGCCGGUACUGUUUUCAAUGACAAUCGGUGAAAAUAUUCGCUACGGUAACCCAAGUGCUACUGAUCAACAGGUCAUUGCCGCUGCUCAAAUGUCCGGCGCUCAUGAUUUCAUUUCUCGUUUGCCGCAAGGCUACAACACAAUGGUCGGUGAGUUUGGUUCACAGUUCUCGGGCGGACAGAGACAAAGAAUCGCCAUCGCACGUGCUCUCAUUCAAAACCCGAAAAUCUUACUUCUGGACGAGGCCACAUCAGCACUCGACUAUCAUUCGGAAAAGUUUGUGCAACAAACACUGGAUCGAGCAAGCGAAGGAAGAACAACAAUCGUUGUAUCGCAUCGAAUGUCUGCCAUUAAAAAUGCCGACCGCAUCGUAUUCAUUGACAAAGGCCAAGUCAUCGAAGACGGAACUCACAGCGAAUUGAUCGAAUUGCGAGGGCGCUAUUACGAAAUGGUAAAAUCCACUCAUGACGAUCUAGAAGAAUCAAACGGAUCGGAGAAAGAUAAAGAGAAUGACGAAAGAAAAAUUUCGGAAGUCAAACAGCAUGCAGGGUAUCACGAGUUCUCAUCGGAGGAGUUCGAAAUUUUGGAAAGUCAAGAGCGAGAUUCGGUUCAAUAUUGGAAGAGCUUCAAACGUAUUUUGGGACUUCUCAAACCUGACUGGAUCAUUCUGACUGUAGCCAUCGUGUCGGCCAUUGUAUUAGGAUUCUCCCUUCCUCUUUUCUCAAUCGUUUUCUCUGAAAUCUACGCUACUUUGUCCAUUCCGAACAGAGAAGAAGCACUGGAAAAAGUACUUCAGUUGUGUUUGAUAUUCUUAGGAAUUGGCGUGCUCAUGUUUGCAAUGGCGAUUUCUCAGACUUUAUUAUUGGCAAAAGCUGGUGCCCGUCUGACUCGGCGUGUUCGGCUAAUGACUUUUGGAGCGAUGAUGCGUCAAGAGUGUGGCUGGUUCGAUGAAGAAGACCAUUCUGUGGGAAUUCUGGCAUCCUAUUUGAGCGGAGACGCCGCGAGUGUUCAAACUGCCGUGGGAUUCCCAUUGUGUGUGAUUCUUCAGUCGGUUUCAACGGUGGUUCUCGGUAUAAUCAUUGCGAUUUCCACAUCUAUCAAGCUUACAGCCAUUUGUUUUAGUGCCUUCGUCUUGAUGGUGGUGAUUGUUUUGAUGGAAGCCAGAAAUUUAUCGAAAUCAGAAAUGGUUGAAAAGGAUGCAAUUGCUGUAGGAAUGAAAGUCGCAACUGAGGCGAUUUCGAACAUCAGAACCGUUGCUAGCUUAAGACAAGAAAAGUCGACGAUUUCACGGUUUACCAGCGAAAUGGAAAAUGUUCAAAAAAUUUCUCGAAAGAAGGUUAUUUGGCGUGGACUUUUGAAUUCUAUUACUCAAGCAAUUCCAGGCUUAGCUUAUGGAUUCGCACUAGCCUACGGAGGCUAUAGGGUGGCGGAGAGGGAGCUGCAUUAUAAAUAUGUUAUACGAGUUUGUGAAGCAAUGCUAUAUGGAGUCAUUGUUAUGAGUCAAACAUUAGUGUUCGCUCCAACAAUUAUAACAGCUUUUACGGGAGCUCAUCGUUUAUUCAAAAUUAUUGAUCGCAAACCAUUGAUUGAUUCGCCGAAUAUUUCGAACAAAUGUAGAAAAGCAGACAAAUGCAACGACAUCAAAUUCCAGCGGAUCGAUUUCCGAUAUCCAACUCGACCAGAUGUUCAAAUUUUGAACGGAUUCAAUUUGAAUAUUAUAGAAGGGAAGACUGUGGCAUUGGUUGGACCGUCAGGCUGUGGUAAAUCGACAUGCAUCCAACUAUUGCAAAGACUGUACGAUCCGGAACAAGGGCGUGUUCACAUCGGUCUCGACGAAAUAUCCAGUGACAUUACUUUGAAAGAUCUUCGAUCGAAGCUCAGUAUUGUGUCUCAAGAACCAACUCUAUUCGAUAGAACCAUAGCUGAGAAUAUCGCGUACGGUGAUUGUAGUCGAAAAGUGACAAUGGACGAAAUCAUCGACGCCGCCAAAAUUGCAAACGCACACAAUUUUAUUGUUCAGUUACCUCAGGGAUACGACACAAAUGUGGGCAGCAGAGCCACUCAACUCUCUGGAGGACAAAAGCAACGCAUUGCCAUUGCUCGAGCGCUCAUUCGCAAUCCGAAGAUCUUACUUCUCGAUGAAGCGACGUCGGCUUUGGAUCUGCACAGCGAAAAAACCGUUCAAAUAGCAUUGGACUCGGCUCGAUCGGGACGAACUUGCAUAACCAUUGCUCAUCGUCUCAGCACAAUACAGAACGCAGACAUCAUUUGCGUUGUUCAAAGCGGCAGGAUAGUCGAAUCGGGCUCCCACACCGAAUUGCUCGCAUUGAAUGGAAUCUACACUCGUUUGUACAAUGCUCAGAAAUAAUCUAAAAUCUAAGAAUGAAUACCAAUUGUAUAUCCAAAGUGCCAAAAUUCAUAUUAAAGAUUUCACUUGGCUAA